AUGAAGUUUCCCCUGUCAACGGUGUGGUUAGCUUUCUCAGCUGCAGUCCUUGCUGAGCCUUCGGUUACUAUUGAUGCCGGCACUCUUCAGGGUGGACAAUGCGACAAUGGCAAAAAUGGAGUCUAUUACAAGGCAGUCCCUUAUGCUGAACCCCCAACUGGAAAGCUACGAUUUGAGCCCCCAAAAACUUACGGCAAAUACCCCAAUGGGAAACUCAACGCAACUACACCGGCAAACUCUUGCAUCCAGUUUGGAGGGUCAUUUUUGCCAGGCGGCGUUUAUGAUGAAGACUGUCUUUACCUGGAUGUCUGGACCCCAUCAAACGCCACCAAAGACUCGAAACUUCCAGUAAAAGUUUUUGUCUUUGGUGGAUCAAAUACCAACGGCGGAAUUUCUACCCCUCUAUACGAUGGCUGCACCAUUGCGGACGAAGGGGCAAUUCUCGUGUCAAUCAACUACAGACUGGGCCCCAUCGGAUUUUUAGGACUUGAUAGUGCUGGGAUAUAUGGCAACCAAGGGAUUCAGGAUGUCCUUGUCGGAAUAGAGUGGAUUCAGAAAAACGUUGCUGCUUUCGGUGUGGUCCUAUUUGGACAAUCAGCCGGUGCUACGGACGUAUUCACUAUUGCCUCUUUUCCUCAAGCGCCGCAUCUGAUAAAUGCUGUUAUUGUCGAGUCGAUACCCGAUACGCAGCUUCUUCUCAAUUCGACUCUGCAAAGCACUGGUGCGUCAUAUGCCAAAGCGCUUAAUUGCAGUGUUGGCGAUAAAUCAUGCCUGCAGUCCAAGACUGUCACCGAGUUGCAAGAUGCGUACGAAAACGAUGCCUACCUAAGCGAGGGGCUUGGAUCAGUUAGCCACGUUGGCAUAAACAACCCAAAGACGCAUUCUUUCUGGCCUUAUGUAGACGGCACUGUCAUCGCUGCGGACCCCUCGACUCGUGGGCCACAAGUGCCGAUGGUCAUUGGAUAUAAUCAACAAGAAGGCGUUCUGGAUACACUCGCUAAAUACAACAGCAUCGGGGCUGCUGAAAAUGCCACGGCGGCUCAGUACACAACAUUCCUUCGCCAAAACUUUGGCGUUGCUGCUGCUGCUCUGGUUGAAAAGUACUAUCCUCUAUCUCUCUUCGAAGCCCUAACUGGUAACUCAACGGGACUGGCAGUUUUUGAAGCCACAGCAACAGUCCUUACCGAUGCCCAUUUCAAAUGCCCGGGAUACCAAGGUGCAGUGGAAGCUGCGCGCAGGAAUGUUCCAGUAUGGACAUAUGAAUUUACGCACAACUCAUCCUGUGUCUGGCUAGACACAAUGUCGCAGGCGGCAGUCUCGUAUUAUGGCGCCACUCACACUGCCGAACUGCCCUAUCUCUUUGGCAACCUAGAUUUCGACUUCACCACGAGCUGCAAUGCCACAUCAGCGGAGUACCAUCUCGGCGAGCAGAUGAGAGGACUAUGGACAGCAAUGGCCGAGAAUGCUGACCCAUCGACUGACGCUGUUCAAUGGCCGCGCUUCCAAAUUACGAAAAACGGCUCUUCGACUCCAGGUUUAAUCAUCGGCAACUCUACCGAGGCUGGCUUGAUUGACUUUUCGGCUUGUAAACUGUGGGAUCAGGUGAAUGAUAUGAUACUAGCAAGUAAUUCGACAGCCACUACGACAACCAGGCCCAGUUCAAGACCGACGGGCUCGUCGACUUCUACCCCAGUCAGUGGAGCAGCGACCAUCUCGACCGGGGGUUUGAUCACUUUCAGUGCGGUGUUGAUGGGGUUGGCUGUAUUUGUCUAG